UUAUUCUGAAGGAGGAAUUAUUGAUCCGGAAGUACUCAGUUAUUCUUGUAUUCACAGUGGUCUACACAUUUUCAAGGAAGAACCACACUGCAGGCGGAGGGAUGAGCCUCUGCCCUGUGAUUGGCACAGACGUGCCGGAAGCAGCCAACGGGGUGGAUACACCAGCCUCCCCUGGAUCCUGCUGUGAGAACGGCCCACACACCCACGUGCCUACUGCCUCCCGGCAGCUCCGGAAGUGCGUGGGCAGGGUGACCUGUCCUGGGCAGGGAUCCCUUGAUGGGACCCAUGGAAAGACUGAGAACUGUGUUGAUAGAGAGAGAUCACACGAUGGACUAGAAGACCAUAUGGACGUUACUCACAACCCCACUUUCCACCCAGACACCCAACGACACACGGCACCACUGCCAGCGCAUUCCUCCAUCCCCUCUGCCGCAGGAACAGCAGACCCUCGGACCCUCUUUAAAGACACGUCCUUCACUGAGUCCCCCCAAACAGAUUUACCCCCAAACAAGGCUACGUCCGGAGACCCGCAGCAGACAGGCACGCUGUCCAAGGACGGUGACACAUGGUGGGACGCUGCCAGCGGAGAUGAACCGCAGUCAGAGACGGAAAACACAGAGACUUCCGGCCGCUGCUCUGCAGAAACGGAGGAGGUGGCGAGAGAGGAGCCGUAUGCAGGAGACGCACAGGCCGAGGUGUUAUGUGAGCUUACAGACAAGCCCUCCAUCGCGGCAUCUGGCGCCAGCUCCGUCCCGGCCGAUGGGGAGUCGUCGGACUGCAGCCCGUGCCCGCCCCACGUCAUGGCCCAGGUGCGCGUGCGGAACGUGCCGGAGCGGGAGCGCAUUGUCCGGGGCAUGCAAGACAGCAAGAGCCUGGAUGAGAUCAGCCAGGCUUAUGGCGGGGCUGCCCGGGCGGGCGGCCGGGGGGGGCAGCCGGAGGGUCGCCGGGCCACCAUCUCCUCGGCCCUGGAGCUGGAGGGCACCGUCAGCCACGACGGGGACCUCACCCACUUCAUAUGCCGCAACCUGGAGCAGAAGAUCAAGAUGAGCUCCAAACCAAGCCUGGACUGUGACUGCGAGUCGGACUGCUCGGGUUCCACAAGCAGUAGAGGUCGGGGGUCAUCGUUGCGGCGGCCGGCAGACAUCCCUCCCAUCGACCCUGCCGUCCUGGUGGACCUGCAGAGACACACGCAGGACGUGGCCCACAGCGUGGAGCUGAUGAUGCGCAGCCUCAAUGGAACCAUCCAGAACAUGACAGCGCUGAGUGUGGGAUACAUCCAGACCUACAGAGACUCUGUGGACAGCCUGGGGGAAUCGGUGGACAUGAGCAUAAAGGGAAUGUACACGCUAAUGGCACGCUGUGAGGAGCUGGACCGCUCCAUGCAGCCCAUCCACACCCUGGCCGCCCAAAUCCGGGACAUCAAGCGCACGCUGGACGCCUUGGAGGCCAUCUGCAAGUAGCCUAUCCCACCCGGAGGUCCUUUCCCCCCCGCAGAGACUCACGCCCACUGCAUACAAAUUGCUAACCUAACAACCCCAUUCCUUCGUCCUGAAAUCACUGCUACUAAUCGUGCCAGCUUCACGUUUGAUCUGACCCCCCCCUCCCCAGAAGCGCCUCACUGCAGCCCCCUUAACCCCUCUGGGAGACGCACACUCAGCCCAGUGGCUCUCCCCCCUCAUUGAACAUGAAGGAAAUUGAGGCUUCACUUACUACCGUCCGAUCUGCUUCAGGUUGCACUAACUGCCACUGCCCACAUGAUGGCACACUCUCCCUCUGUCCCUCUGGAGUCUCUUAGGUAGGUUCCUGAAACUGCCUGUGGCAGGUUUUAAUGGGAAGUUUAGAUACAGGUAAAGCUGUGGCAGUACAAAAUAUGUUGUGUGGAUGAUAAUCCCUCCAGAUGUCAUGUUAUACUGGCUAGCUCCCUGCAGCCCUGUGGAGAUAUCCUCUGGUCACUGGAUGCUGGCACUGUUAUUUCACAAGUUGACUGGUUUGGUGGUACUCUGUAAGCCGGCCUGUCUCCAUUUCAUCCAUUUGUUCUAAAUCCUGAGGCCUUGUUAUGAGGUUCUGGACGGGGUGUAAGAUGUAGCAUGCUGAUACUGUUUGGUCGUAUCAUGGCCCACGAAGGACUUGGAUGCCACCAGAUGUGACCAGAACUGCUGGGAGUCUCGCCUCGAUCAGAUGCCUGCACCCUUCAGCUGGAUAUAGAUGCAGGAUGGGCUAUGGGACUAGACUUUGGGGAGGAGGGAGAGAUGUCCUCCUCUAACUGCUCUUAAUGUCAUGACCCUCUGUACAUAUGAUCCCUUUCUGUAACAAAAGAUUUCGCUACCCUUUGUCCUGAGUGUAUAUUUUAGAAGAAAAAUAACACAAAUAAAUUUACAUGAGCUGCUAAGA